CUUUACUUGUAACACUCGUCCAGGGUAGAGUUUGCAGAUGCAGUUUAUAAGGUUGUUUAAUGAAAAGCCUUUAUAAACUGAAAGAUUUCAGAAGGCAGAAGAAGAAUGCAUUUAGAUCUUGGCAAAAUAUUGGGAAAAAAUAUGCGCAAAUGAACAAAAUGUAUAUAUAAAAAAACACAAAAACAAAAAUAACGUUAUUGGAUGGAGGCACCAAUUCGAGGGAGGCGGCAAUAAAAUGAAUUAAAACCAGAAUGACUUAAGAAUAACUAAUGCCCAUAAAAAGUCAUUUUUGCUAUCAAAACGAUCCACUGAAAGAAAGUUUUAAUGACAAUGGUCAUGAAAGUUGUUAAACACAUUUGUUUGUAAUGAUACUUCUAACUAGUAAUCGUUGACUUUUUGUAUGAACGAAUUGUUUUAAGAAGUUUUAUAUGAUUUCUUAUUAUUUUUUAUAAGCGUCGUUUUUUUGAUUGCGACGGUUAUCAGAAAGGCAGCGCUUAUUAGAUGGCGCUUAUGCAGCGCUAAAUAAAGGGGAACAAUAAUUAAGGAAUUGACGCUUAUUGUAGGAAAUAAGGACAGAAAGUAUAACAGAAAGCAUUAUUCUACUAAGGAUGACUGAGAAAAUGUUUUGUUAUUCUCUCAACAUGUUCAAUAAAGUAGAUUUCUGUUUUCUGAUUUCACAUUAUACAAUUUCAUUUUUAUUUAGGAGAGCGCGUCUUUUCUGAUUGGUCAAGCUGGUCGAAAUGCAGCAAUACCUGCGGGAGAGGGUUAAUUUCAAGACGAAGGAACUGUUUACGGGAAAUGUGUUCGGGGGGCUUAAUGGAACGAAAAAUUUGCGUUAGCAGUGGCUGCAAACCUCGUGAGUAUUUUUAAUUUUUUUACUAUAAAUAACAAUCCAAUCUUACCAUCAAUAACAUGUUUAUACUAAUUUUGGCUCGAUGUAUCUUUUGACUAUGCAACAAGAUAUCUCUACGUUUUUUAAUACUAAUGUUAUUGUUAUGACACUGGGAUUAUUUAUUUUAAAAAACAGAUAAUCAUAUACUCCUUUUAGCUAUGUCUGUUCCUACGGCUUCCGCUGUCUAGCAAUUACGUCAACAGGGUAUUUAAUGGUUUACUUUUGUUUAGCCAAUAAGCCAAUCAACAACGGGCUUUCCAUUGCUGACACACAACUGGUUGAGAAAAUCCAACCUGAUGAAGAAGAAAGCGAUGCAGGCAAGCUGCAAUCUGCACCUAUGUCCGAGGGAGUGUCUCUUGAUGAUACCUUUAAGACUGUUGUAUCACAUUUUACGAGCAGUGUAUUGAAUGGCACCAUCAAGAAUGUUGACGGUGUUUCUGAAGAUGACAAAUCAGAAGCUAAUGCGAUUGCAAGUCUGCUUCAAGAUAAGUUAAAUAAAAAUAAUUUAACUGUAGAGACAGAAAAUACACCAUCUAAGGUACAACAAGAAACUCAAGUGGAGAUGAAAAAUCCUGCAGUUGAGUCCUCUUGGGGAGACUGGGGCGAAUGUUCAGCUAAAUGUGGAAUUGGCCAUACCUCAAGAGCACUUCAAUGUCAAGCCGAAGAAUGUGCCAAAACUCAAGAAUUGUUUCAAACAAAAGCAUGUAGAAUGCAAAUAUGUGAUGAUCCUUAUCAAGAACAAGAUCUGGAAAAGAAUUGUUUAUCUUUACACAACGAGUUUCGUAGAAGACAUGGAGCAGAACCUUUGAAAUGGUCAAACGAUCUUUACAAAAAAGCUCUUGAAAUAAGCGACAGAAUUGCGUUAAAAAAUGUACCAGCUCGGAAUUUAUCAAGGUAUGAACGUCCAGGGUUAAAUCUUGGAUACGUUCAAUUGAGUUUUGAGAAUAAUAAAACUGCCAGCACACCUUGUGUGAGAGCGGUAGAGGACUGGUACGGACAAAAGCUUAAUUACAAUUAUGAUAAGCCGCAAUUGAAUGCAAAUGACCGUGAUUUUACGCAGUUAGUAUGGAAGUCAACCAAGCGUGUUGGUAUUUCGAAGACCUUGUCAUUGGAUGGUUCAGUCGCCUACGUUGCUGCGGUGUAUCAACCGAUUGGUAAUGUUGAUUCUUACUACUACAUGAAGAAAAAUGCAUUACCUGCCGAAGAUAAAGAAGAAGAAAAAACUAUGGAGUUUCUUGAUAAAUUACUAAUAAAUAAAAAAAGAAAGAAAUCAAGCGUCGCGUCUGAAAGUAAUCUUUAA